AUGUUUGCAAAAAUUACCUUGCUCUCUGCUGCCAUUGCCGCCGUAGCUGCUGAGUUAGGAUGUGAAGAUGGAUGGACUCUGGGCAAGGGGACCGAUCAGUGCUACAAGCGCUUCGACGAUCUGACCGACUACAAUCGGGCGGAGGUCGUCUGCAAGGAACUUGGCGCCGAGCUGCCGAACAUCCAUUCGGAGGCUGAGAAUGCGGCAAUACAUGCUCUCGAUGUUCCGAACCAGCGGCUACGACUUGGCGCAACGAGGUUCGGAAGUGGCAAAUAUGACUUCAAAUGGUCUAACGGUUCCCCGAUGGAUUUCACAAAGUUCGACGACGCCUCUAUGGGCAACUCGUAUGGCUAUGAAAAUUGUCUGGACAUGGCCGAAGUAGAUCGUUGGAACGACGUCCGUUGCGACAUGCCGGAAAUUAUUGUAUGCCAGAAGAAGGGAAGCCAUAUCUCAACCGGGAAA